CAUAUUUAAGUCUAUGGUUAUUAUUCUAGUUGAUUACAUAGAAAUACACAUUUUUUCUUUGGUUUACACUGGGAGACAUUUUCCAGUUGUGGGAUAUUUUUUGGUAGGGCCAAAGAGUUGGUUUGUCAAAAUUACCUUUGUGAGAAAUGAAAUCAAUAGUAUUCUGUUGUAAGGAACCGAGAGUUGGAUUUAAAAAGUUAUUUUUAUCUCUCUCCUAUAAUAUAAUAACUUUUUCUAUUGGUUUCUCACAAAAAGAAAGCUAUUCCUCACAACAUGUUUUAUUUCGUAUUAUUUCAUAUUAAAAUUUAUAAGUAUAAAUAUAUAAUGUACAAAAUAAAUUAUAACUUUGUUUCUUCUAUAUUUCGAGAUCCAUAUUAUAUAUGUUUUGAUAUUUAAAAAAAAAAUGGAUUUUCAAAACGAAUUAUGUGGACACAACUAUUGUGGACGGAUAGGUCGAACAUACGUCGCUAAUGCAAUUAUGAAUAAAUUUCUGUUUGUCGUUUACAUAUGGAUGUGUUUACAUUUUCUCUGUAUAUCUAUCCACAAAUUAUCCAUCCACGACUCGUUUACAUAUUGUCCAUCCACGAGUCGUCCAUCCACAACUUGCAUCAUCCAUCCAUCUUUAACCAAUAUUCUCUUCCUCAUUCUCUUCCUCUCUUUAAUCCAGCACCUCUUCAUUUUCCUCUUCUCUAAAGACAAAUCCAUAGGUUUUGAUUUGUGCUAAUCUCCAAAAUUUUAAACCAGAUUAUAAACAAAUCCAUCAAUUCCGGCGAUGUUUCUCAUGGUUUUGACGAAGCUUCUCAUGGUGAUUACAGCUACGCCCGAGCUCUGUUUGAGGUGUGGUUGGUGGCUAUGGAUUCGUUUUGUGGAGAGGAACAUGGUUAGGGUCUCAUAUUUUUGAUAAAAUAAACUAGCUAAGAGACCGAGUCAAAAUUCUAUCCUAAAAUGGAGAAAAAUGAUUUUAGUGAAGUUUCUCACAACACUUAUAGACGUGUCCAAGCUCUGAUUGAAGCGUGGCAGAAGCUACGGCUUUGUUUUGUCGAGAGGAAUACAGCGAUGGUCUCAGGUUUUUAAUACGAUCAACCAGCUAAAAAAUCAAAUCAAAAGAGAUAAAUCUGGGAAAAAUAAAUAUGAGAUUGGAAAGAUAGAUAGAUUUUUGGAGUAUAUGGGUGAUAAUUAUUUUAAAAUUGGAAACAUGAGAGAGAAGACACAAAGGAUGCGUGGUGGAAAUGACUUUGUUUAGUUAAAACAAAAUAAAAAUAUAUUUUCAACUAAAUAAAAGGGUAGAAUAGGCAAAACAUAUAAAGAAUGUGUGUCACAUGCAAGAUGUAUCUUUAGAUGUAAUUCUAAAGUCAAAAUGUGCAUUCAGAUGUAUAUUUUUCUUAUAUGUACAAGAAGACAAGAUGUGUGGUGUAAUGUGAUAAUGAGUGACACAUAGUAUAUGAGUAGUUUCAUUUAAUUUUGAAUAAGACAAAGGAAACAAUUUUAAUUUGUUGGUAAACCCUAAACAGUCAAUAAUUGUGAAGAAUAUGACGGUUACAAGACGGUUACUGGCGAUUUUCUGGGCGAUUUCCCAGAUCCUGUGUUUUCUCACCACGAUCUUAGUGGUUGGAGUAGUUCGAGUAUGUGCUUGUGGGUUUCUCGCACGUUGUACACCCACUUUGCCUUCAGUUUCCCUGUUGGGAAUCUUUUUCCAAUGUGAUAUAUGCGGUUUAUUGCAUUCUACAAAGGCUAUAUAUAAAUGGCCAUGGGAAACUGACUUACCACUGUCUAAUUUUUUGAAAGUCUUAUCUCUUCCUUUCAUUAAGCAAACAAUGACAGAAAAUGUUCGCCGUGCGCUUCAAGACAUUGAUCUAGGAAGUAAUGAUGCUCCCUUUGUUCUGCCCUCUGAUGUUGUUUAGUCGUGCCGCUGAAGAAAAUCGUUUCAUUUUGGUGGGGCGUCCCUCUAUGCCCAGAAAACAGAACCUGAGAGGAAUCAUAGCAACUAUGCCUCGGAUGUGGGGUCUUGAUGGGUUGGUUCGUGGGCGUGUCAUGGAAGGAAGACGUUUCCAAUUCAUCUUUCCAAGGGAAGAAGCGAUGGAAACCGUGAUCAGACGUGGUCCGUGGGCCUAUGCUGAUCGUAUGCUUACCCUCCAGAAAUGGACCCCAUUAAUGGAUAUGGAGUUGCUGAACUUUAUACCAUUUUGGAUCCAAGUUCGUGGAAUUCCAUUCCAGUAUAUGAACAGAGAAGUUGUCAUCCACAUUGCGAGGCUCAUGGGUCAAUACAUCCAAGUCGAUUACAAUGAGGAAGCUGGUGGGCGUCUUGAGUUUGUCCGUUUCAGACUCAAUUGGGAUAUCAGGCAACCACUUAAAUUCCAACGCAACUUUCAAUUCACUCCGGGAGUCAACACUUUGCUGAAAUUUCACUAUGAAAGACUUAGAGGUUUUUGUGAAGUCUGUGGUAUGAUCACGCAUGAUUCCGGACGUUGUCUCAUCCAGAGUGGCGGCCCUGAGGAAGGUCUUGAUGAUGAGAAUGAUGAGGGUGAUGAUGAACAAGGUCCGGGUGAUCAGCCGCAUGGUAAUGUUGGUGUUCCCAUUGAGGAGAUCAAUAAUGCUGAUAACAUCCAAGGAGUGGAUGACAAUGUUCCUGAGGCACCAGACGGUGUUAAUGAUGGUCAGGAUCAUAUGAAUGAAGCAGAAGAUGGUGAUGAGAAAUCUGAUGCUUCUUCUUAUACUGAUGAUGAGGAGUUCUGGAACCCCUCGGGUAAAACCUCUCUGUUCUCGGAGGGAUUUGAAAUGGAGGAGAUGUUUUCGAUCACACCAUUCGCUGAUAGACGUGAUGGACGAGAAUCUCUCAAUAGGAAAGCUUGGAUGGCUAAUGCAGAGAACAACAAGAUGAUGCUGUCAAAGAAGAUUACUCAUAUUGGAGAAACAAGCAAGGCUGGGGAUGCUAAGAGGAAGAAGAAAGAUUCAGUGCUUGGAGCUACAGAGGACGCUGAAGGAAAGAUUCAAGAGGGAGACGGAGACAACACUUUGAGAGGCGCGGUGGGCCCGGAACCACCACUGCCCCCAUGAAAGUAACCUGUUGGAACUGUCGAGGUUUAGGCAGUGACUCGACAGUUCAACGCCUUAAGGAGAUCAACAGAAAGUAUCUCCCGGACAUCAUUUGCCUGUCUGAAACCAAACAACAAGAUGAUCAUA